UGGGAGCUGGUUGACAGGCGUCUCCGUUGCUAGGGUGACCAGACUCAACAUGACGGGGAAGAAGUACACCGGGGCGCCCUUCGGCUGCCAGAGUGCCAGGUUUGAUGUGUCAGCAGUUCACCCAAUGCAUAAGAAGCCUGGCACCUACACACAGGUAUCAUACUGCAAGAGGGCGACUUCAGAGCAAGGAAGAAGACUGGGACCUGGGACCUAUGAAACUGCCCCAGGAGAUUUCAGUGCCUCUGUCCUGGAGAGAAAAGCGUCAGCCCCUGGAUGGAAAAGAGCACAGGAAACAGAAAAACUGACGGAGAUGCCACAUAUUCUCUACAGGGAGACAUGGGAGAGGAACCGCCUGCUGAAGCAGUACAUGGGUCCUGGGCGCUACAACUUCAAGUCAUUUACUGAUCUAAUGGAAGAGAAGUCAUCCAGUGUGCGAGGACUGUGCAGCACUAGAGAAGUCCGCUUUAAAGAGAACAUGAAGGAUUGUUUCCCUGGACCCGGAAGUUAUGGCAAAGCGGGGAACCCAUACUCUCUGAUAGAAGAAAGGGCCACUAAGUCUGCCUCCUCCAAGGGCAUUAUGGAUAAUGAGGGCAGGAAAUGGGAUUCAGGUUCCAUCGCGGGCUCCGAGCUGGGACCGGGGACAUACAACUUGAAAAAUCCCACCGAUGAAAUUGUGAAACAUGUUGUUGGGAAGCGAGGUCCCUACGACAUGUUUACUGGAUCGAGAUCUCAGCCCAUUUUAUAUGGAUACUUUGCUGCCCCAAAACAUACUCCAUCUGAAUUAGGACAAUACAAAGUAAAAUCAUUCACCGAAGAAUUGAAGAGUGAUCAGAAACUGAAACAUGGAAAGUUCGGGAAGAUUGCUCAGUAUCCGAAAGUUCCAACAGAGAGAAUAUUCUGCAGCUCUCUCACUCACUGGCCACGACCGGUUGAUUCUCCAGGGCCCGGAACAUAUGACACAAAACCACUCUUUGCAUCAGUAAGACAAUCAUCCGCUCCAUUCCUGACCUCAGCAAAAAGAUUCGAGAAAAAAUCAUGCCGAUUACUUUUUGGAAGUUCUAACCCUGUUGGAGUUGGCCGAUAUGAUCUUAACAAACCACCGCGGAACAAAACAGCACCAACGUACCGGACCGCCUUCAUUUCUAAAACAGGGCGUUAUUUGUCUAACCUACCAAGGGACAAAGUAUUGCAGUAA